AAUUAUCGCUCAUCCACAAAAGCUACGUAAUUAAUCUUAGUGCUUUUAUAUCCGUGCUAAUUCUCAUUUGUUCAGUGCGAAGUACCAUAAAACUAACUCUGUUAAGAGCGAGAAAGAAAAAAAGAAAGAAAGAAAGAAAGAAAGAAGAAGCGAAAACAUUUAUUUAUUCCUAUUCUUCGUGAUCCCCUCUCUCUCUCCUCCAUGAUACAAGCUGGGAUAUGUCGGAAGAAGCAGCCACUAUUCCAACACUUAUUCUCCUCAUCUUAUCCUCAAUUCUCAUCACCGGCCAUGUUAUAGAAGGGUUGAGCGACAAAGUAGUGAUCGCCCAGCUCAAGCAAUUCCUGCAAGAGCACAACCCGAUAAACCGCGGCGGGUACGCCGAGUGGGACGUGUCGGAGCCGACGCCGUGCAACUGGUCCGGCAUCAGCUGCGACGGGGCCACGAAACGCGUGGUCGGUGUCGACCUCUCGUCGUCCAACAUCUCCGGCCCCGUCUUCGGCAACUUCUCCCUCCUCACUGCGCUCGCGCGCCUCGACCUCUCCGCCAACACCAUCGACGGCACCCUCCCCGCCGACCUCAACAGCUGCCGCGGCCUCCGCUAUCUCAAUAUCUCGCACAACCUUAUUUCCGGCGUGUUGAACGUCUCCGGAUUGGCGAAUUUGGAGAUUCUGGACGUUAGUCUCAACCGGUUUGAAGGCCCGAUUGCCGUCAACUUUCCCGCGGGUUGCGCGAGUCUCUCUGUUCUGAAUGUUUCGACGAAUAAGUUCACCGGCGAGAUCGCCGGCGUGUUCGACGAGUGCGAGCAGCUCCGGUAUCUGGAUUUGAGCUCGAAUCAUUUUAGCGGUGAGAUAUGGCAAGGGUUCGAUUCGCUCCGCGAGUUCUCCGUCGCGGAGAACAACCUAACCGGAGAGAUACUCCCCGGCGCCUUCACGGCCAACUGCGCCCUCGAAACGCUGGACUUGUCGGACAACAGCAUCUCCGGCGCGUUCCCGAAUUCGAUCGCGAACUGCUCCAAACUGAAUUUCCUGAGCCUGUCGGAGAACGGCUUCGGCGGCGCGAUCCCCUCCGGCAUCGGGAAGCUCUCUGAGCUCGAAAGCCUAUUCCUGGGGAACAACCGGUUUGCCCGCGACGUCCCGGAGGAGCUCUUGAACUGCAGCAAGCUAGUCUUUCUCGAUCUGAACGGUAACAAUUUCGGCGGCGAGGUGCAGGUGAUCUUCGGGCGGUUCGUGACGGUGAAAUUCUUGGUCCUGCAUGGAAACAACUACACCGGCGGCAUCGAGAAAUCGGGAAUCUUAAAACUUCCGGAAGUCAGCAGACUGGACCUCAGCUUCAACAGCUUCUCCGGGCCAUUGCCGGCAUCGAUUGCCGAGAUGCGGAAGCUGAAAUUCUUGAUCCUAGCAUACAACAAUUUCACCGGCAGGAUCCCGGCGGAGUACGGUAACAUCGCGGGGCUGCAGGCGCUGGACCUGUCGUUCAACGAGCUGAGCGGGGAGAUUCCGCCGUCGAUCGGCAACCUGACGUCGCUCCUCUGGCUGAUGCUCGCCAACAACCAGCUGACCGGCGGCAUCCCGCCGGAAUUGGGGAAUUGCACCAGCCUGCUGUGGGUGAACCUCGCGGGGAACCGCCUGGCCGGCGUCAUCCCUCCGGAGAUCGCGAAGAUGGGCCGGGACCCGGAGCCGACGUUCGCGACGAACCGCGAGGAGACGGGAGUCGCCGCGGGGUCCGGGGAGUGCCUGACGAUGAAGCGGUGGCUGCCGGCGAAUUACCCGCCGUUCAGCUUCAUGUACGCGGUGAUGACGCGCAAGAGCUGCCGGACGACGUGGGACCGGCUGCUGAAGGGCUUCGGAAUCAUCCCGGUGUGCCUCAACACGUCGUCGCCGGUCUGGACGCUCGCGAUAUCCGGCUACCUGCAGCUAUCCGGCAACCUCCUCGCCGGCGGCGUGCCGCCGGAGAUCGGCGGGAUGCGGAAUCUCAGCCUGCUCCACCUCGACGACAACCGGCUGUCCGGCGGACUCCCGCGGGAGGUCGGGGGGAUCCCCCUCGUGUCGCUCAACGUGUCUAACAACCGCUUCUCCGGCGAGAUUCCGUCGGAGCUCGGCGGAAUCCGGUGCCUCGAGAUCUUGGAUUUGUCGCGGAACAACUUCUCCGGCGAAUUCCCGGCGAGCCUGAACGCGCUCGCGGGGCUCAGCAAGUUCAACGUCUCGUUCAACCCCCGCCUCUCCGGCGUCGUCUCGUUGACCGGCCAGAUGGCCACCUUCUACCUCAACUCCUUUCUCGGCGACCCCAACAUUUCCUUCUCCUCCCCCGCCGGAGGAUCGCCGGCGCAGCCGCCCCGAGGCGGCGGCGCCGCCGCCGCCAGCAGGAGGGCGGCGAGGAAGGUGGCGUUCUGCGUCUUCGUCGCCCUCACCUCCGCGAUUCUCACGUGCGGAAUCAUUUCGUUCGUCCUCUGCCUCGGAGUUCGGACCCCGGUGGGCCCCGGGCCGUAUCCCGAGGAGCACCUCGUCAAGCAGAGGAGCCAUAAGGCGUGGUCUCCGGCGUCCGUGUCGGCGGCGGGGUCAUCGUCGCGGCCGUCGGACGGGAUCCGGGUGUUCCGGCUGGACCGGACGGCGUUCACAUACAGCGACAUCGUGACGGCGACCGGGAACUUCUCCGCGGACCUCGUGAUCGGGAGGGGCGGAUACGGCGUGGUGUACCGCGGGGUGCUCCCCGACGGGAGGCACGUGGCGGUAAAGAAGCUGGAAAGGUGGGGCGACGACGGCGGCGGAGAAGGGGAAGGAGAGAGAGAGUUCCGGGCAGAGAUGGAGGUUUUAGCUGGCCGGACCGGGGCCGGUUGGCCCCACCCGAACCUGGUGCCGCUCUACGGGUGGUGCCUCUACGGCUCGGCGAAGCUGUUGGUCUACGAGUACAUGGAAGGCGGGUGUUUAGAAUCGGUGAUCGCCGACUGGGCCCUGUUCGGGUGGGAGCAUCGGCUAGAGACCGCCGUCGGUGUGGCGCGUGCUUUGGUGUUUCUGCACCACGAGUGCCGUCCGGCGGUGGUGCACCGGGACUUAAAGGCGAGUAAUGUGCUGUUGGAUAGCAGGGGCACGGCGAGGGUGACGGAUUUCGGGCUGGCACGGGUGGUGGGGCCCGGGGAGACGCACGUGAGCACGGUGGUGGCGGGGACGGUGGGGUAUGUGGCGCCUGAAUACGGGCACACGUGGCAGGCAACAACGAGGGGGGACGUGUACAGCUACGGGGUGCUGGCGAUGGAGCUGGCGACCGGGCGGAGGGCGGUGGACGGCGGGGAGGAGUGCUUGGUGGAGUGGGGCAGGCGGGUGGGGCGGGACGAGGCGGUGGCUGAGAUCGCGGAGGGAAGAGAGCAGAUGUGGGGUUUGCUAAGAGUCGGGUUGAAGUGCACGGCAGAAGCGCCGCACGCGCGACCGGAUAUGAGGGAGGUGCUCGCCAUGCUGCUCAGCAUCACUGGUGGCGGCAGCGGCAGCGGCAGCGGCAGCGACUGCAGCAGCAGCAGCAGCAGUAGCAGAAGCAGCAGUGAAUGCAGCAGUGUAUGUGAGCAUGUUUGAUUUUUAUUUUUAUUUUUACUACAUUGAGUUUUCUUCACAUCCAAUUCUCAUACCCAAUCAGUAUAUUCUUGAGUGUACAGAUUGCAGGCUGAUAAUUUGUGCUGUUCAUAGAUAGAUUAAGUUUGACCUCUUUUUUUUUAAUUUUAUUUUUGGAGUUAUACAAUACAUUAAAGCAUUGAUCAUUACAUGUAGUAAAAUGCUCUUUGAAAUUCAUAGCAUUGUUAAUGACAAUUUUGAAUUCUUUGA